GGCUGUGGUGACAGGUAGUCCUCAGGUCGGCGGAUUCUUACUUGAUGCAUAAUAUGUGAUGUCUCGGGUGUUCGGGGCGGCGAUGCUUCUGUGGGAGACGUCAGCUUUCUCUUGACUUCAAUCGCAGGACGGCAAGUGUCAGACGAGUUGUGCGACCCGGAAACAUCCGUGACGUUUCUUGUCCAGACGCCGAAUCGCAGACCGGUCGCAAGUGACCAAAAAUCCAGCAAGGUAUGGCAGUAUAAGGGUGCCGCAGAGGGAACGCCCGGCCGCAGGGAUGAAGGGUACGGCUAUACGAGUCGCCGUGAAAACACAUGUUCAGCUGGUUUUCUUUGGGAAGAUGAUGGUCCUUUCCAAUCAGUGACCCACCAGUGAUGGACAAGGACAGAAACCUCAUGGCUGUGAGGAUGUUAGACCUCACCCUGGAGAUCAUCUACUUGAUAACUGGAGAGGAUUACACAGUAGUGAAGAAGUCGUCUGGUGAGUGUGUGACACCCCGUGUGUCAGGAGGACGGAGCAGGACCGCGGGAGCCAUCACUGAGCGUCCACCUCAUUCCCUGAUACAUGAGCAGAAGAUCCUAGAACUUACCAACAUGAUCACUGAGCUGCUGAGUGGAGAAGUUCCUAUAAGGUGUCAGGAUGUCUCUGUGUAUUUCUCCAUGGAGGAGUGGGAGUAUUUAGAAGGACACAAAGAUCUGUACAAGGACUUCAUGAUGAAGGAUCACCAGCCCUUCACAUCACCAGAUGAAUCCAGUAGAAGAAAUCCAUCAAAUAGAUGUCCCAGUCCUCUAUAUUCCAGGGAUGGUCCAGAGGAAAAGCAAAAUGUCCAACUGGAUCAUCAGGUCCUUCAUGUGGGAUCCUUCCCAGGACAUUUUGGUGGAACAACGAGUGGACUUAAAAACCCCAUGUCGGUGAACGGUGAGGACGGGAUAAGAGGCUACCAGAGAUAUUUUUUCUCUUCGUCUUAUGAAGUAGAAGAUAAUAAAGUACGACUUGUCAAUAAUAAAACUGGACAUAGACUGGGUGAAAUGUCUGCAAGUUCUAAAUGUAGGACACAUUUUGAAAAGAAAUCUAAGAAAAUUGGCAAAGAUGAAAGGCUUUUUACAUGUUCUGAAUGUGGAAAAUCAUUUACUAGAAAAGCAAAUCUUGUUAAACAUCAGAAAAUUCACACAGGAGAGAAGCCGUUUUCAUGUCCUGAAUGUGAGAAGUCUUUUUUUCAGAAAUCAAUUCUUGUUGAGCAUCAGAGAAUUCAUACAGGGGAGAAGCCAUAUUCAUGCCCAGAAUGUGGAAAUUGUUUCAAAUGCAGAUCGCAUCUUGUGAAACAUCAGAGAAUUCACACAGGAGAGAAGCCAUUUUCAUGUCCUGAAUGCGAGAAGUGUUUUAGUCAGAAAUCAAAUCUUGUUAAACAUCAAAAAACUCACACAGGAGAGAAGCUGUUUACAUGUCCUCAAUUUUUAUCUAAGAAUAUAAAGCAUAGGUUUAACAAAUCUACCACUAUGUGCUCGUUUCAUUUAUACCCACCAGCCACAUUGCCAUUAAAUAAUGUCAAAUAUCUGGCGACUGGAAAUUCUUUUUCGUCUUUACAUUUUGAUUUUCGAAUGGGCACCUCCACAAUUGCUGGCGUGGACCUGAAAAUCCGAUACAUUAAUGUGUGUUUACUGAUUGUGAUUAAAAUUUUUUACAUUUAUGGCUCUUUUGUGGCUAAUGAUGUUUUACACAAAGCAUAA